AUGACCACGCCUACUCUGAUCAACCUCCCCCCUCCUCCUUCUGACCCCGUCACUCCCUCGGACAUGGGCCCUGGCACCCCCAAUUCCGGCCUCUCAGCGCUCUCCACGACCGCCAUCAAAGAUGGCCACCAGGGUGCUCCCUUCCCACAUUCCCGCGGCCACGCACAUCAAUCCUCAACAUCCUCCACAAACACCCUCGAAGCCGAGCGCGCAGACCGCAUCUCCCGCCUCGCCGGCCUCGAGCGCGUCGCAACCGCCCGCGCCGGGGGCAUCUACCCACCCGCCCAUAUCCCACCCGCACACAUCCCAGGCUACUUCGACAGCCAUGCAUUUAAGGAGCGCAGCACCGUCGGCAGUGCCAGUGCAACUGGUAGCGUGGGUCACACGACCUGGGCAUCGGGCAGCGAGGCCUUCUCGGCGGACAAAAUGAGCGAGGACGUCGACGUGGAUGACCGCGAUAGUGUGGGGAAUGUCAGUGAUGAAGGAAAUGCUAGUCUGGUUGGUUUUGGCGAGGGCGCUAAUAGUACCAUCUCCGGACCCACGAGUCGUCCGCCGCCCGGGCUGAAUCGGAUGUCUUCUGGUGGUGCCCGACCACCUAGUAUGGGCAGUGCGGGUGUCAGCCCGAAUGUGGCCCGUCCCGGGACGCUGGCUAGUUUCCUUCAGCAACAGCAGCAGUAUGGGGCUGGGUAUGGUGCUGGAGAGAACCCGAUGGUCUCGUCUAGUCUGGCGGGCUCGAUUACGCCUGAGCCUGUUCCUGAGGAUGCCCGAAUGGUCAAUGGGAUGACCUUUGAUGAAGAUGUUAUUGAUACCACGGUUCGCACACCGCGAUUGGCUACGCCGAAUCCUAAUUCGGGUGGAUUUGAUACAGAGCAUGAGUAG